AUGCAUUGUACAAGAAAGCACCUGCUCUUUGAUAAAAGCUACUUUAUAACAUUUAACCAAGAUAGUAUGAAUAUUGGAGAGGUAAAAUCAUAUUUAUUACCUAAGUCUACUUAACAUACGAAGUAUUCAAUUCCUUUAAAACUUUAAACAGAAAUUGAUUGGAAAGUCUCUCCAGAAAAUUUAUUUUUGGAGGCUUUUUGUAUAAAUUGGAAAAAUGAAUUGAGAUACUUUUAUGCUGACCAUAAUGUUCUUCUUAGAGUAAAGAAUUAUCUUGGUGGAAGAGUUGUUUUUAAAAGAAUAGAUAUUUUCUAUAAAUAAAUAGGGAAAAUAGAGACAAGAAGCCUAAGUUCGGUAUGUCACUUUCCUUUAUUAGAUUUUAGAUAUACACCAUAUAAGGAUUUGAUGAUGAUAAAGUUUAUGUUUGUAAGGAGUUGUAGAAAUAAAAACAACACUCAAAUAAAGUAAUAUAAUUCUUUUAAUCUUAGUUAUUUCAAACUGAAGUUGAAACUUUGAAGUAAUUAAAUCAUUAAAACAUAAUAAAGUUGGUAGAGGUUUUCGAAAGUGAUAACUCAUAUUUAAUUGUUUUAGAAUAUUUAAAGGGAGGAUCUCUCUCUUAAUGCCUGAAAUACUGCAGGUUGACUCUAGAUGAAAUAGAAAUAAUAUUAAAAGUAAUAUACGUUUUUAAAAAUCUAGUAAAUUCUAGAAACUAUUUGUUACCUACAUGACAAAGGUUUUGUUCAUAGAGAUAUUAAGCCUGAUAAUAUUUUAUUUUGUGCAUUGGGAUAAUUUUCAAAUUUAAAGCUAAUUGAUUUUGGAAUUUCAUGCAAAAUUACAGAUUUAGAGUAAGAUUCACAAAUGAAUAUUGGAACUCCUGGUUAUAUGGCACCUGAGAUUAUAAAUGGUUCAAAUAAUAAAAAAAUUACAUAAAAAAUAGAUGUUUUUAGUUGUGGAGCCAUUCUUUAUUAUAUGUAUUCAUAAUAUUUAUAUUUUAGGUUAACAGGAUCAAGGUUAAUAUCUGGUAUUAAUAUUUAAGAACUAUACAAGAAUAAUAAAUUGUAUACUUUAAAUAAUCACUUACUUUAAAAAAUUAAAGCUCAAAAUUAUAGAGACCUAUUAUCAAAAAUGAUUCAUGAAGAUCCUGAUUAAAGAAUAGAUGCAAGACAAGCCUUAAAUUAUUUGUAAUUGAUGAAAAUCCCAACAAAAAUUUCCUUAUCUACUUCAUUGCAUUGUUCCUAAGAUCCAAUUCAAAAAAUACCAAGCUUUAAAAAAUUGAUAACGAAAAGUUGACU